AUGUACAUGAUUUCACCCUGUUUUGUGAUGUGCAGCCGAGAUAUCCUUGAGCUGAUUUGCAAAAAAUUAACAAUUCCAGAUGUUGCCGCAUUUUCCUCUGUCUGUAAAAACUGGCAUUCUGCUACCAUUGACAAGGCUUGGAUUUGGGUCCCAGAAACUCCCUGGAUAGUGGACAAUGACCCCCCAAAGCUUGAGUAUAGGCUUUACAACUGGACACAUGAGAGACACUUCGAGAUGAUUAAAGGAGUAAUGCACAAUAAUACCUUGAUUAACGGAUCCUGCAAGGGUUGGUUGAUUGUUCGAUCGGAUGAUCAAAUGUGUAUUUGGAACCUGUUCUCCAAAGCUGGUUACUUGCUUCCUCCUCAGCACACAAAUGAGUAUCUUCGGUUGCCUCCUUUCGUUUUCACAGCCUCAACCUGUCCCCAUUUGAAUCCAAUUACCGUAGUUGGUGUGAGUCAUAAUCAGACCCUAGUUUGGUGCAGUAUAGGAGACAAGAAAUGGAAGGACUACAGAAACUGUGAUGAGGAUGAUGGUCCAAAAUAUGCCAAUGUGGCAUUUCUCAAUGACCAAUUGUAUGCAAUUAGAGUGGAGGGUAACACCAUUGACAUAUUUGGGGUAGAUGGCACCCAACCUUACCUGAUUCCCCUCCGUACGGUACAACGUGCCACUGCCCCAACUGAGAUACCUUCUCAAUAUUUUGACCUAUAUCUGGUCGAGUCCAAGGGACAUAUGCUAGCAGUAACAAGGUACUGUCAUGAAGACAGCGUCCGAACCAUACCCAUUAGUGGUACUACAAUCGGCUUCCAAAUUUUGAAAGUAGAAGAAGACAUGCUAGUGAAUGUGGAGAGCUUGGAAGACCAAGCCUUAUUUGUGGGCGGCUUGUCGUGUGAGUCCCUUCCUUCUAACCAUUGUCCAGGUCAUCAUGAAAAUCACAUUUACUUCAUUGGGGAGCAUGAAGACGAGGAUCAUUAUGAAUGGGGACAUUUUAAGGUUGAUGACAAGAGUAUGGUUAAGAAGAUGCUUGAAGAACCUAAACAAAACUUCGCUCCUACUCCCAUUUGGCUUUUGCCCAGAUAUAAAUUUAACUGCAAUUGUUAA